CCUUUGUUGUUUUAUUUACCAUCCAUCUUCCCGCCAUUUCAGCAGAUUGCACCACGCGCGCAUGACUCCUCCACCUUUCCACCACUCCUCAGCGACCACCUACCAAUACCAAGAGAGUGGACCUUCUUUACUGUCCACAACAGGAAGAAAGGAGAGGACCCCUCUCUCUGUCUCUAGAACACACACUUUUUGUCAGCGAGGCCCCUGCCACAGUGUUAAUUGUAGCAGUGGUGCCCUACCACUGCUUUGCUUUGCUUUUCCGGAAGGAGAAGGAGAGGAGGAGGAGGAGACAUGUCGAGCUUUGCAUCAGGAUCAGUCGCCGUCCACAGCCCCGCCAUGUUGAUCGAUUGUGCUUCAUGAGAGGUAGACCUCGGCCGCUAGAAGUUCAGAGCACACUGGGUUCACCUGACACUCGCAGUAGCACAGAGUCCCACACCACUCUGCUCUUCGGCUUCUGGUAGUUGCUUGGAAGCUGGUUGACCAGAGCCGCCGUGGAUGGCCGGCGGCGUUAGGAGGCUCUCCGAGGUGCUGCGGGAGCAGCAGGAGCCGUUCCUCCUUCAGGGAGAGCCCUGCUGCUCCGUCAACAACAAGGGCGUCAGGGCUUCGUGGGGCCGGGCCGUGAGGAGGGCGCUGCCGCGGUGGCGGUCUGACGGCCUCGCCGUCGGCUGCUUCCCCUGCGCCGCCCGCAAGCGCGAGAGCUUCCGCCCGCUGUCGCGCGCCGGCCACGCGCACUGCGACGACGACGCGAGGCGGCUCAGCCCGGUGUCCGUCCUGGACGUGCUGCGGUGCUCCGACGACGAGGAGGAAGCGUCGUCGUCGCCCACGCUCAGCGACUGGGAGGAGGAGGAGGAGGACGACGACGACGACAAGCCAUCGUCGACGGCAGGCAGCUCGCAGCCACCCGACAAGAAGGAGGAGUCGGAGGAGGAGUGGAGGAAGGUGGUCUCGUCGUGGGAGAGGAUCGCGGGGGACAUCGCAAGGGUCCCCGUGCUUGCGCAGCUGGACCUGUUGAGCUCCAUGUCUGCGAGGGAGUGGGAGUGGCACGGGGAGGCGGAGGCAGAGCGGGUGGGCGCGAGCGUGGAGGCCAUGAUCUUCGAGGAGAUGAGCGCGGAUGCCGUGCGCGACAUGGUCGACCUGUAGCGGAUCGGAGUGCUCCUUGUCCAAGCGAGACUCUGCAGCUGGCUGAGUGACGGACGAUGCUUCGGUGUCUUAAGCCACCUAUCUUUGAUCUUUGUGUCUAUAACAUGUGGGUCUAACAGAUGGCUGGCUCAUAUAUCAGUGAUCCAAAGCAGGUGCCUACCGAAGCUGCGUCCCUGAGUGACGGCACUGGCGAGUGACUUGAUCGACGAGAUUUCCACCAUUUCUGGAUUCAGUUGGUAUAAAGAGUACUCUACGUAGUAUAAUACUUGUAGUACUAAGUAUAGCUAGGAGCAGACUGGUUGCAGUUUCAGUUGUAGUAAUGGAGGUGGACUGUCUGGAGAUGGUUAAUCUCUGGAAUACUCGCCACAACUCUCAUUCGAUUGUGCCUCCUAUCUUAGUUGAAAUUGGAGAGUUUGUUAGUGAUUUUUCUCUUUUUGUAAUCCAACAUGUAUUAAGGUCAGCAAACGUUCCAGCGCAUCUAUGUGCCAAGCGUGCUUGCACAUUGAAUGUGACGGAAAGCUGGCUCGAAGACAACCCGGGCUUCCUCCUGACCAGCUUAUUGGCUGAUUGUCGGGAGAAUGCCUUCGUUUGAAUAAAGCUCUCUACAUUGCCCGCCAAAAAAAAA